AUGGAUUCAAUUCGACGAGUGGAUCAACUAGAUACAGAUGAUGACGGUGUGAAACAUCGAAGUGACAGUAUCACAGGACUUCAAUCGACAACAAAUGAUGGUCAAGUUCGUUCUACUGAUGCUAUUGAACCUUUGCCUACUAUAUCAUUAUCGAACAAUUCAAAAGAUUUUGAUGUUUAUCGGCUUUACACGUCAUUUGUUUCAGCACUUAGAUUUGAUGAUAAGAUUGGUUUAACCGAUUAUAUUGUCGGCUUUAGAGAAUUGACAAAAUUUUUUGAUCAAUUAGGCCUUGUAUUUGUUUUUGUUAAAAAUGAAGUUGAAGAAAAAUUAAACGUUUUACAAGCACAUGUUAAUAGUGGUAAAAAAUCACAUUAUGAUACUGUACAAAAAGCAGUUGACUAUGAAAUACAAAAUAAUCUCUUAACAACAACAACUUCUGCAGGUCCAUCUGCUGCACGAACUCUAUUGCGUUUACAUCGUGCUAUGAAUUUUAUUAAAUUAUUUUUAAAAUGUUUAGCGGAUGAUCCAGUAUCGGAUAGUAGUGCAACUAUAGCAAAACGUUCAUAUGAUAAAACUUUAGCAGCACAUCAUAAUUACUUUGUGAAAUUAACUGUUCGGGCUGGUUUCUUUAGUUUACCAGAUCGAAAAAAAUUAGACGAAAUUAUAUUUAAAGGUAAGAAAGAAGAAUUAAAUGAUCAAUUCCAUCGAUUUAUUGACACGUUGAAUAAAAUUUAUGCGAUUAUUGAUAGGUUAUACGAAGAUAAGGGGUUGUUAAAUCUUCCGUAG